GAGAGAGUGAGUGUGUGUGGACUGUGUAGAGAGGGCAGUCUAAUUCCAUAGCUUCUUCUCAGUUUCCUUUUCACUCAAUCACAGAUAAAAUGAGCCUAAAGCUAAUUAUCCUACCAGAUGACAUGAGAAACACUUAAAUAUAUACUUAUAUUACCCAAUUAUCAGUUGCCUCUCUCUCUCUCUCUCUGAUGUGUGUGUGUGUGUUGGAGUAGAAGGGUGUAUCAUUCAGCUAAUCUGGAUCGAAGUGAUCUCCCCAAAAUGACGUUGGUUCAAGCAGCUGUUGUUGGCAGUGUGAUUUUGAUGAACAGAAGGCAGAGCACCGAGCUUUCUCCACGACGGUUGAGGAACUUACGGAACGAAUGGCAGCUACGAACACCGAUUUUGCUUAGCCUCACUUCCCAAAUAAUCCUUCUCAUUCUCGGAAACCGCCGGAAGUACAUCGCCAAAACUUGGGUCCGAGCCAUUGUUUGGUUUUUCUACUUGCUUGCAGACUCUGUAGCCAUAUUGGCCAUUGGCGUCCUCUCCAACACUAUUGGCGAAGUCUACUGGGCGGGUAAUUGGAAGUCUCAUCCUCUGGAUUACGAGUUAAAGGCAUUUUGUGCUCCGUUUUUGCUGUUGCACAUGGGUGGGAUGGACACCAUCACCGCCUACUCGUUGGAAGACAAUGAGCUAUGGUUGAGGCAUUCUUUCGGGGUCAUUACCCAAGCAGUAACGACUGCGUACAUCUCGCUCAUGUCAUGGUCAACUUCGUCUUGCCUUUCGCCACUAUCUAUAGCGGUCUUCUUCGUUGGCCUGAUCAAGUACUGCGAACGAGUUUGGGCUCUCUUCUCGGCAAGUGAGAAAAGGUUUAGGGACUCAAUUCCUCAUAUCCCGACCAGUGAGUCCAGGAUAAUGGAGGAAUGCAAGUUGAAGCAGUUGGAGGGGUACUAUGUCAGUGAGCAUCAAGUGCUUGAGGCUGAGGUCCCGGUGGUCGAUGAAUCAGUUUCUGAAUCUGACGAUGCGCGUGAAAUACUUUUGGCCCAUAGCUUCUUUGAGAUGGUCAAGCGUCUCUUCGCUGACCUUAUACUUGGCUUCCAAGAUCGGAAUGCAAGCAAGGCAAUCUUUGAAAACAAGGACAUGGAUACUGAUAAGGCUUUAAAGGUAGUCGAGAUUGAACUCGGAUUGAUAUACGAUGUUAGGUACACCAAAGCAACAGUUGUCUAUUCUUCCUGGGGGGUCACUCAACGAAUCAUUGGAAGUUUUCUGAUCCUCUUUGUAUUGGUUAUGGUAUCACUGGACGACGCACUGGUGGGAAAAAAAUGCCCCAAGAUUGACCUAACCAUAACUCUAGUGUUGUUGGUAGUUGCCUUGCUUCUGAACUUAAGUGCAUUUGGGGAACUGUUGCUCUCCGACCAAACUGCUCAUUGGUUGAUUAAGCGUAAGAAAAGCAAAAUGUUAAGAACUAUCAAUCGUAUCCGUACCAUGAUACCAACAAACUGGGGUCGAAAACGGAAGAGGUGGUCAGAAACCGUGGAACAGUUCAGUCUGCUAAGCUUCUGCUUUGCCAUAAGAAAGCAACCCUUGUUUUGCCUCAAAAUCCUAAAGCUGUUACGCGUUGAGGAAGUUGCCGAAAUUUUUUGGUACAAGAGCAUUACUCCUCCAGACCCACUUUAUCAUGAUGAUCUACCAGAUAAUUUACCGAAAUGUCUCUUUGAAAAGGUCAAGGAAGAUAGGUCUUGGGCAGAAAAGAAUGGCAACGGCACAGAUGAUCUGAAGUUCUUGUAUGGCGGCCAGGGAGUCCUAGCACUCGAAAGGUGCAACUGUAGUGGUCUUGAGUGGAGCGUGAAGAUUGAGUUCGAGCAGAGCGUUCUUGUUUGGCACCUUGCUACAGAAAUAUGUUACCGACUCGAUUACAGGUCAGAACCCGAUCCAGAUGAUUUGCUGGCGAACUUGCACGACAGAGGCAAGUGCAUCUCGCGAUAUAUGCUCUACCUCCUAGUUCGGCAUCCCAAUAUGUUACCAGUUGGAAUGGGGCAAAUCAAGUUCAGAGACCUAUAUUCCGACCUUGCAGACUUCAUAGAAACGUAUGUAUCCAAGUCGCUUAAAGUCAUGACCGAAAAAGAAGCUUCGGAGAGGUUGCUGGACAUGAUGAAGGAUGAGAACAUGCUUGUUGGAGGAGGGGACAAGAGUAAUUAUGUGAUAUUUCACGGGUGUAAGCUCGCAUCGCAACUCAGAAAGUACGAGGAUCCAGAACAAAAAUGGACCAUUAUCAUACAUGUUUGGGUUGAAAUAUUGUGUCAUGCUGCAAGCCAAUGUAAAGGACGACAACAUGCUCAACAGUUGAGACGAGGAGGAGAGUAUCUCACUCAUCUCUGGCUUCUCAUGGCACAUUUUGGCUUAAAUGAUCACUUCCACAUACAUCGUAAUCGUCCAAUAGCUGAGGCCGCUCUAAGGUAAACAAAAUUUAGGGCGUGUAUGAAUUAUGAUUAAUCAAAAAAAAUCAUCAGAGGAUUAGAUAUUUGAACAGAUCUCAUAUCCGGUGUGUUUGUUGUAACACUUUUAUGGUUCGAAUAAAAUAUUUCUCAGGUUUGAUGUACCCAAAAUGGAAUAUGUA